CGGGUCGCGUUCAAGUUUCUGCCAGGUGUGCGUCCGCGUAAUUGCUCGUAAACGAUCUAAAAAUUGGCAAUUUUUUCACCCAUUCACGAUCCACGUGAUUCCGUGUCGCAGGAUCCGCUAUUUUGGAGAGACUUUUCGAAUUUCGGAGUUUUCCUGCAGUGCAAACAGAGGAACCAUUUCCGAUUUCGAAGCCGAAAGGUUUCUUUAUUUAUUUUUUUAUUUUUGCUUCUUCAUCCCGAGUCGAAAUUCCUUACCGUCUCCCGCAGUGUUCCCUUAUCCUUCGGUGAGUGUCUGCGAGAAGGAGGAGAUCCUCAAACUCCGGCUUCGUUUCGACCAGUGAAACAACGACGAGGAUCAGAGCCUGCGGCGUCGUUACAGGGCGUGCGAAUAUUCUUUUCUCCCUGUAGCCUGAGCCACGGCUGUGCAGGUGCUGCUGGCUUCUUAUCUUCUCAUCUCGCGUCCCGUCCAGGUUUAGGAAUGAGAGCGCAAUGAUACGCGAGAAAAAAAUUUGAGGCUCUACCAUGCGAGUGAACGGGGAUGAGGACGCAGAUAACGUUUAUCAAGAAAUGGGGGGGGAUCGCAGAAGGGAGUCAAUCGCGAUGUCAACGCCAGACACGAUGGACACUAUAGACGAGGCUGAGCAGGCAUGGCACGAGAUGCUAGAAUGUGAGACUGGCUCACUCAUAGGCAGAGUGGCUGAUCUCGAAAGACAAUCGCUGGCACAACGCGACGAGAUUGUAUGUCUAAGGGCUACAUUGGCGGAUGCCUUACGAAGAAUCGCUCAACUCGAGGGUAGAGAGAGAAGAGAAGAUGACAGGAUCGAGCGAAGACUGGAACGUGGCUUGUCGUCGCCCAUUAGAAACGGUCACGUACCGCAAAGAAGUAGUCAGGCUACUGGCUCUCAGAAGGACCUUCGGCUAAGGCAAUCCAGUGUCGCAUCUUACAGGAAUUCGAGUGGCUCCAGUCAGGAUGUUAGGGAUGCUGCUGCUAGUCCUCGAAGACCAGUUAGCUAUACCCCUCCAUCGCAGCUCCCGCAAAGAAGAUCGGUACAUUAUCAGUCAACGGGUUCGCUCCAUUCGGACAGUCCAAGCAGUAGCAGCGUUUCACCUGUGCCUUCGCCAAGUCCGAGAGCGACGCCGUUGCCUGUUGCAAGAUCACCAACGACAAAAACGAACGGACCACCACAGAGUAGCCUUCGACGAGCUAAAAGAUGGUCUUCAACAGGAGAUUUCACGCAUUCGCCACAAUCGCCGGCCGGAGUCACGGCGCAACUUAGUGGUUCCAGAUUAUCGACAUCGACCAAGUCCCUAUUCAAUCUCUUCAAGCCUUCCGUGUUGAGCAACGUGAAACAUGGCACGAGAGGCAUGCAGUACAACGAAGAUGAAGGAACGAUCACGAUGUAUCUACGCGGGAGGCCGAUACUCCUGUUCCCUCCAACGCCGUUCAUGGAGUCCUACGACUUGCACAAGGUCUCGACGCCACCCCAAAGCAAGUUAAAAUUGGACUGGGUUUACGGUUAUCGAGGAAAGGACUGCAGAAGCAACUUGCAUCUGUUGCCGACCGGUGAAAUCGUCUAUUUCGUAGCGGCAGUCGUGGUUUUGUACAACCCCGAAGAACACAGUCAAAGGCACUACAUCGGUCACACGGACGAUGUGAAAUGCAUAGCAAUACACCCGAACAAGUUGUUAGUAGCGACUGGCCAAGUGGCGGGAACUGACAGAAGAGAUGCCCUUCCGCAUAUCAGGAUAUGGAACUCGGUGAGCUUAACGACAAAUCAUAUCAUCGGUACGGGAGAAUUUGACGGAGCCAUUUGCUGCCUAUCAUUUUCAAAAGCAGACGGUGGUAAUUUGCUAUGCGCGAUCGACGAGACGUCGGACCACAACAUAUCGAUUUGGGACUGGCAGAAAGGUGAUCGCGGCAUGAAACUGACGGAGACAAAGUGUUCCGUUGACACGGUAGUUUGCGCCGAAUGGCAUCCGCUGGAGCGAAAUCAAAUAGUGACCUGCGGCAAAAGCCACAUUUCAUUUUGGUCCCUCGACAAUGGGGGUAUGCUCUACAAGAGGAUGGGGGUGUUUGAGAAUCGGGACAAGCCUAAAUACGUUACCUGUGUGGCCUUUAAUCAAAAUGGUGAUGUCCUGACCGGAGAUAGUAACGGAAACAUCAUCGUGUGGGCGAGAGGAACGAACACCAUUUCUAGGCUAGUAAGGAAUUUACACGACGGAUCUAUAUUCUCGAUGUGCGUACUAAAAGACGGAACCGUUGUCACUGGAGGUGGAAAAGACGGGAGAAUAUUGCACUACGACGCGUCCUUGAGUCUAACCGGAGAAGAAGCUCAGAUCGAAGGCCACUUUGGUGGGAUAAGAACAGUUUCGGAAGGACGUGGGUCUCAACUGCUGGUUGGUACCACUCGCAACUGUAUUUUGGUUGGCGAUUUGGAAAUGGGUUUCAAUCCAGCGGUCUUGGGACAUACGGAUGAGGUUUGGGGACUGGCUGCCCAUCCCACUUUGCCACAAUUUGCAACUGCAGGUCAUGACCGGCUAUUACAAAUGUGGGACAGUCUGAGCCAUUCCGUUGUGUGGAGCAAGGACAUCGGGGAACAAGCACAGAGCGUGUGUUUCUCGCCAGAUGGUACGGUGAUGAUCGUUGGUUGUACUUCUGGAAAAUGUCUCGCAAUCGAUAGCGAAACAAGAGAAUUAUAUACUCAUCAUUCUGACGGUUCUGAACCAUUGCAAGUUGUGAGAUUUUCGCCCGAUGGAUCGUCACUCGCGAUCGGUUCUAGAGACAACAGCAUUUACAUAUAUCAAGUGAACGAAGAUGCCACAAAGUACAGCCGCGUUGGAAGAUGCAUGCAAAAGAGGACUCGAGGAAUUAGAGGACACUCGAGUUUCAUCACCCAUCUUGAUUGGUCGGUUGAUAGUCAGUACUUGAGGAGCAACAGCGGGGAUUACGAGUUGCUGUACUGGAACCCGGGUAUUUGUCGUCAAAUACCAAAAUCGUCGGUGUUACGAGACGUCGACUGGGCAACGCACAGUUGCAUCAUUAGCUUCGAAACGAUCGGCGUUUGGCCGGAAAGUGCAGACGGUACGGAUAUCAACAACUGCGCUCGAAGCGGGGAUGGAAAAUUGCUGGCAACAGGAGACGACUUUGGAAAAGUGAAACUGUUUUCUUAUCCGGCCUGCCAACCAAAGUCCUUGUUCCACGUUUAUGCUGGCCACUCAAGUCACGUGACGAAUGUUUCAUUUCUGCAAGAUGACACAAGACUGGUUUCAACCGGUGGUAAUGACACCAGCGUUUUACAAUGGGUUGUGUCCUAAUCAUCGUAUCUUCGCAGUUAUCGAUACAGCGAAGAUUGAUUCGUUGAGUAAUCUGUGUUGAGAUGAUGAAGCAGAAAGAAAAAGAGAAGAGAAAAGCAAAGAGCAUCGUAAUAUUUAAAGCUAAUAAUGAUGUGAACCUAUAGCUCGUAAAAUUGUUUUUAUCUAGCGGCACGUGUCAAAUUAGGUUAUUGCCUGUUACACCUAUGUAUAAGCACGUUUGGUAUUUAGGAAAUCAUCUCAAUUUCAGUUAGGCUAAGUCGAAUAAAAAUUAGUGACAAAAAGGUAAAGAAAGUAUUCAAGAAUACACGGUUUGUUUCAAUUUUAUGCUAAACGAACUUUGAAACAUUUACACGCUGAAUAUACAUUUUUUUUUAAAUGGUUUUUUAACACUGUAACCACUGCUAGGUUUUCAGAUAGAAUACACGAAUCAUUUUUACCAUUUGAAGCCUUUUCUUGACGCAUAUUAUAUGAUU